CACUCUUCAUAAAUCUGAAUGACUUGUGUUUUUCAUUUCAAACUUGCGAAUACUUUUGAAAAAUGAUUUGCGUCUUGAAUAAUGCAAUAGAGAACAACGUGUGUGCCUUAAGCGCUUUGAUUGAAUAAGCGAUUGUCGCCCAGAAGGUAUUUGAUACUCGGCCGGAACUUUAACUGCACAAGAUGGCUGCGCCCUCGAAAUGACGUUUACAACAACAACAACUUUGUAUACUUCUCACAUAUUUCUUUUAAAUGCAUGGACUAUUUGCAUUUUUGUUUAAGUAUUCAGAUACAAAUUAUGUCAGUCACACAUCCUCUGUUAAAGAAACUUAAAGGUUUUAUAAUAUCCCUGAGAUCUAAAGAUGAAACUGUGACAGACAUAAACCAACUUCUGCAACCAGUUUGUGAAACUAUUGAGUGGAUAUUCUUUUAUGGAUUGCAAGCCAGCACAUCAUGGUUUGGCCAACCAAAGACAGAGUACUGGGCAUGGAUUUCCAAAAUUCAAUCACUUCCGGACAAAAACAGAUUAAAUUCUAUGCUUCUUAUGACAAUAGAAGCAGCGAAGAAAAAUAAUAAGACUCACCAUGACAUUGGAAGAGGCAGAUGUUUCAUACGAUCGGCACUGAAUAAGAAGCUCUUGACCAUACUUGUACAGCUACUGAAAAGUUAUCCAGAUUUUAGAAGAAUUUGGUAUACAGACUGUGACUCAAUACUAGGAAACGAGAUUUUGAGUGAGAUCCUGCUAUCACUAUUAUUGGAGUUGCAAGCUGUAGAAUUUAAACUUCAGUUGAAGAAUUCAAGUUUUUUGGAUGUAACAUGGGAGCUUCCUGUUUAUAAGCAGUAUGAACUUGUGCCUUCACAAGAUCUAGGACUAGAUAUAAGACGUGUGCAUGGAUACCCUCUGGUUACUCAGGUUGAUCCUAACAGCGUAGCAGGGGAAGAUGGUAAAGUGUUGGUGGGCGAUGUACUGGACGAGAUGUGCGGAGAAUGUCUGCGUGGAGUCGGCAAGAGUGGAGUUUAUUUUAUUUACAACCAGUAUGAAAACAAGCCCAUUCAAAUGUCUGUUAUGAAGGGCAAAGGUAGGGACGGUAACGUCUACGGACCAAUCGGAAGGCUCAUGGACCUAUGUGACCUUGGUGAACUCUCGCCGGCCACGCCAACUUCCCCAAUAAGCCCCUCCCCUUGGGAGGAGAGCCACAGACAGCCGCCUCCUGAGGCGCUACUACCUGAGGAAAUUGAGGACAGAAUACCUGUGCACAAUUCAGACGGAAGUGCUGUUUAUGAAACUGUUUACCUCGGAAAAGCCGCUCUAGGAAAGGAUGGUCGAGUGGACCUUGUGGAGUUCGGGGUAGCCAAUGUGCUUUCUCAGAGGAAUGAAUCUCAGACUGUUCUUCUGGAGCUAGGUGAAAAAGAUGUCACAGUCACGAAUAAGGCAUCAGGACAGGUGGUUGUUCAGCAUUUAUUCACCGAGAUAUCCGCCUGUGGUCGCCGCACGGACACCAUGAAGUACUACGCAUUUAUAGCUGGUGAAACAUACUGCAGUUUAGCCGAGCGAUUCAUGUGUCACGUGUUUGAAGCAAAGUCGGAAGAAGAGGCAAAGAUGAUUUUGCGGACCAUAGCUCAAGGCUUUGAAAGAACGCAUUUAAUGACCUGAUUCAAAACAUAAUGGAAUACUAACGUCAGUCUGAUCUAUUAAUAAAAGCAAUCUGUUCCGGUUUAUACAGCCGUCACUUUUAUGUCAACAACCAUCACUUUUGGUUUAUGCAGCUAUGUCUCCUGGUGACAGCAACAAUCAAUUCUUCCGUCAGAAACUGUCACUUCCCCCAAUCAACAUCUAUGGCUAAAGUCGUUAGCAUCCGUCACGUUUGUUAGCAGCCAUCGCUUCUGCUUCUAGCAUCCGUAACUUCUACAAUCAGCAACAGUCAAUAUUGCUGCCGAAACCCAACAUUUCCACUUAAACAGCCAGCAACGGUAGCUUCAUCGAAUCUCAUUUCUGCUGUCAGCAAAGGCCACUUCCGGUCAUAUCAAGCUUCGAUUCAACUGCCAGAAAGCUUCACACUGCUCAUCUCCGCAUACUUUUAAUUUGAAGUUCAUCGUAUUGUGACAACCAUUGCAGACAAUGAUCAGUUCCAUUGUACACAUCAAUGGCCGCCAUGUUGUUUUUUUACCGAAUAGAAACUUGUCUUACUCUGUUGACCGAAGUUAUUUCCGCUUUAGCAGCCAUUAGAUUGAAUACAAAUGUACGUAACUUUGGGUUUCGCUGACUUCGUACUGUUGCGAACAUCAUUAUCGAUUGACUUGCCAUGCGCCGUGUUCAACAAUUUCGUCAUAAGGGCACAACAAUGACGUCACGCCUUUCUUAAUAGAACAUUGUGAACCUCCUGAACGAUAUACCCGAUAUAUUUGAAUACAACGCUGUUUAGCUUGGCUGUUUUCGGAGAAACCCCGAGGUAUUGUCAUAGCCAGCUCAUCCGACGUCCGAGUCUUGCUAAAACCUUAAGAUUGGCUCUAUAAUCAAACUGCUUUCAUCUACAACUUUGAAACUUCAUAUGUAGCUGCACCUUGAUGAGUUCUACACGCCACACCCAUUUUUGGGUCACUAGGUCAAAGGUCAAGGUCACUGUGACCUCUUGUAUAAAAAAAAAAAAUUAUGACAAGCUUUCAUUUAUUCAAAACUGCACCCGCAGCCGAGCGUUGGCACCGGCUAUGCGGUGCUCUUGUUUUAUCGUUUGUUUUACUUAAAGUCAUUCCUAUUGCUUGAGCUGAAUUCCAAUAUAUAUUUGUAUGUAUUCUUAGUUUUUUUCAUUGCUAUAUAAAUAUUGUAAACAUUUGUAUUGCAUUUAAACCUUAUGUGGGCCCUAGUCUGCCGGCGAAAUGUGAAAUUAUACCCAAGAGUCAAAACAAAACAAAAACUGAAACCGCAAAUAAUAUUGCGUUUAUAUAAAAUUGCGGUUCUUGAAAACUAUUCUUUAAAUCACGCCGUGAGUUCCUAACUGAUAACGCCCAAUUAUACAGGUUGGCGAUCUUAUGCAGUCCUAGCCAUCUUGUUCUUUGCAUGUCCCCCACCACUAUAGUGGGGGACAUAUUGUUUUUGCCCUGUCUGUUGGUUUGUUGGUUUGCGUCAAACUUUAACAUUUGCCAUAACUUUUGCAAUAUUGAAGAUAGCAACUUGAUAUUUGGCAUGCAUGUGUAUCUCAUGGAGCUGAAAAGUGUGGUGAAAAGUCAAGGUCAUCCUUCAAGGUCAAAGGUCAAAAUUAAGGGUCAAAAUCGCUCAUACAAUAUACACUUUUGCAAUAUUAAAGAUAGCAACUUGAUAUUUGGCAUACAUGUGUAUUUCAUGGAGCUGCACAAUUUGAAUGGUUAAAGGUCAAGGUCAUCCUUCAAGGUCAAAGGUCAAAUAUAUGUGGGGACAUAGUGUUUCACAAACACAUCUUGUUUAAAGUAUUUUUUGCCACAUUUGCUUGCGUAUAUAUUAUAAAUGCAUGUGUCGUAAGCAAACUCGAAGGUUAAUUGCUGCACAUGUUAGUCCACUAUGAAACCAGAACUCUAUUAUGCAUUACUUUUUUCUCGAUAUUUUGCCGAUUAUUAAUGUUCGUCUGGGCACUUGUAGAUUUGUAUUUGCUUUUUAAGUGGAUCUUAUUAAGGUAAAGGGUAUUUUAGUUCAAUGUUAAGUAUUUUUUAAAUUUUUGCGUAUUGGGAUAUAAAGUUAAUGUGGUGUUUGUAUUGUUUAUUUGUGAAAUAAAGUGUUGGUUUUGACA